AUGGCAGUCACUCACGGCCCGCUUUCGGAGGAAGAGGUGCCCAUGGUCCAGGUGGAGCAGCCCCGUGCAUCCAAGGGACGUUGGUACAUGGCAGGUGCGGCUGUGAUGACCUUGGCGGUUGUUGGCGUCGUGGCCAAGGCCUCCGGCUCCUCGCUCUCGAAGUCCAAGACACUGGAUCAGAUCGAGAACUGGGAGGAGCUGCCAGGAAUGGACCAGGUCAUCCACAAGGCCCAGGCCCUGAAGAUGGACAAACCUUUGCGCAACCUGCAAGACCUGUUCUACGACUCCCAGCCUGAG